UUUCCGUGCAAUUAGCUCAAAUAAAAUAUCAUUCAACAGAACAACAGCGGGUGGAAAAUCCGGCGAAAACCCACACAUGGAAUAUUAGUCAAUACGCGGCGGCGCGUGUCCCAACGCGAGUCUACCCAUUAAAAAAAUCCGACAACUUAGGUUCCAAUUCAUCGUCCUUAGAAGUUCUAGCCUGCUCCGAGUGUGUGCCUGUAUGUUUUCUAGAGAGAGAAAGUGCACCAAAAAUGGCGUGGGGAUGGCGAUUGCCGGCGGCGGAUUUCAUUAUAUCUUUGAUGUGGGUUUGGUCAGGUGUGCUAAACAAGUUUCUCGUGCACAGAAUUUUGGGUUACGGCGCUCAUGAAUUUAACGGAGAAAUCAUCAGAUAUGCUGUUUCGAUUCUGAACAUGUUCUUCUUUGCAUUCAUGGGCAAGAUCACCGAUGGUGGGGCCUACAACCCCCUCUUUCUUCUGUCCGCCGCCAUUUGUGGAGAUUUCUCCGAUUUCCUCUUCACCAUUGGCGCCAGAAUCCCUGCCCAGGUUGUUGGAUCGGUUUAUGGGGUUAGGCUAAUCUUGCGAAUGUUUCCCGGAAUAGGAAGUGGGCCCCACUUGAGCGUCGACAUUGCAAAGGGUGCGUUGACAGAAGGUCUCCUAACAUUCGCCAUUGUCAUCGUUUCGCUCUGGCUUGCUAGGAAAGUCAAAGAUAGUUUCUUCAUGAAAACUUGGAUUUCGAGCUUAUCCAAGCUUACUCUUCACAUACUCGGCUCUGACCUAACUGGUGGUUGCAUGAAUCCAGCCUCGGUAAUUGGAUGGGCUUUUGCUAAUGGAGAGCAUAUUACUAAACAACACUUGAUUGUUUAUUGGCUUGCUCCAAUUGAGGCCACUGUAGCUGCAGUUUGGGUGUUCCGAAUCUUGGCCCGGCCCGAAAAGCUCAAACCCGAAAAGCUAAAUUGAUAGGAUAAUUCAUCGAUUCAUUGUGUUGUAAAGGUGUAUACAUGCCGCGUACAUCAGUUAACGGUUCAUUUAUUUGUCGCAACACUUAUUCAAGAUUUC